CUGGCGUCCUGCUACAGUCUGAAUACUCAGGAGCGAGUGCGAGCUGAACUCUCUGCGGUGCAGAGCUGGACAAACACAGCACCCAUCCACCUCAACGCUGCUUCACUGGCUUAAGGACAUAUUCCUGGAGUAUCCGGGUUCGGGACGGGAGCCCUUGUCCGGUACUCAUUUUCGUCUUUUAUUUAUGUUUUGAGUUCAUGCGCGGCGACGGGACAGAGACUUGACUUUUUCCAGUCGUGUCCAAAGACUGCAGCUGUCGAGCACUGCGCGUCCAUGCGAGACAAAUGUCUUUCGCAGUGCAUUAGUCCAUAAAGUUUUUUUUUUUUUUGUUUGCUAUUUAUUAAUAUCGCUUUCUCCCGUUUGAACAUUUCGAGCGACUCUGCAUGCUCCAGCGCUCGAGCGCGUCGCGUUCGGAGACCCAUCCAGAAAACUGCAUGCGCAAAGAGAGGGAAGAAAGGCAAAAGUCGGGUUUCGCGACGCUGGUGAACACUUUGCUGAAGAACAGGGACACGAUGAGCGCCGAUCUCGCCAUGGGGCCCGAGCUGCCCACCAGCCCGCUGGCGUUGGAAUAUGUCAAUGACUUUGAUUUGAUGAAAUUUGAGGUGAAGAAAGAGGCCUUGGCGGGACUCGACCGCUCCAACAUACGGCAAUGCAAUCGCCUCCAGCCGCAGGGCUCCGUGUCCUCGACUCCGAUCAGCACCCCGUGCAGCUCCGUGCCGUCCUCCCCGAGCUUCAGCCCCACGGAGCAGAAGAACCAUCUGGAGGAGCUGUACUGGAUGCCCAGUGGCGCGUACCCGCAGCAGAUCGACCCGCAGACGCUAAGCCUGACGCCCGAAGACGCGGUGGAGGCUCUGAUCGGUGCCACGGCGCACGGCCAUCCUCCGCCCCCUCAUGUGCAGCAGCAGUUGCAAGCAGGAGGCUUCGAGGGAUACAGGGGAGCCCACCAUCACCACCACGGCCAUGCGCAACAGCAACAGCAGCACCACCACCAACAUCAACACCAACAAUACGGCGCGAUGCCCCAUCACCCCGAUGACAUGCCAGGUCACCACCAUCACCACCACCACCACCACCACAGUCAGGACCCCGACAGCCCCUCUCCUAUAUCGCCCGGGUCCCACCAGCAGCUCCACCACCGGCACCAUCACCACCACCACCCCGGCCAGCAGGGUCACCACGGCGCGGGCGGCGGCCUGAACGUGGAGGACCGCUUCUCCGACGACCAGCUGGUGUCCAUGUCCGUGCGCGAGCUGAACCGACACCUGCGGGGCUUCACCAAGGACGAGGUGAUCCGCCUGAAGCAGAAACGCCGGACCCUGAAGAACCGGGGCUACGCGCAGUCGUGCCGCUUCAAGCGCGUGCAGCAGAAGCACGUGCUGGAGAACGAGAAGACGCAGCUCAUCAACCAGGUCGAGCAGCUCAAGCAAGAGAUCAACCGGCUGGCCCGAGAGAGAGACGCCUACAAACUCAAGUGCGAGAAACUGAGCGGAGCGAACGGGUUCCGCGAGGCAGGCUCCACGAGCGACAACCCGUCCUCUCCCGAGUUCUUCAUGUGAGUGUGUGUUUCCUAUGCCUGAGAGACUCUGCGCUCAUUCAGAUAACAGCAGAUACAGUACUCAUAUUAGAAGAAUAAUCCACAAGAAAUAAUAAUCUCAUAUCUAAUCAUCUUGGCAACUAAAAUGCGAAGAACAUGUUAGAAUGUUUUCUGGGAAAUGUAGUUUAGUUGCUUGUAGUAGGACUUUUACUCCUUUCGUAGAGAUCUCACAACAAAAAGAAAAGCGAAGAACUGGCUUUUGUACUUCAGAUAAAACCUUCUUUCCAUCUUCUGGUUUGUUCUCGGUUGAUCAGGAUAAAGAAAAAAAGAAAGGAGAAAAAAGAGUUUGUGCUGAGCGGGAAGAGAAACUUUGGACUUGUUGUCACUUGGCCAGAAAAGUUGAGAGCACCAGAUAUGCAAACCUCCCUUCCUCCUCCUGUAUAACGCGCCCGAGCGAGGCCACAGGGGACUUUAUGCAACAUCUCAUUGGUUUAUUGCUUGCUUGGUUAUAUAUAGAUAUAUAUAUUAAAAAAGAAAAGAAAAAAACACACAAAAACAAACACAUAAAUCUGCAUUAAGAUAUUAAUCCUGCAUGCUGGACAUGUAUGGUAAUAAUUUCUAUUUUAUACACUCUCUUCUUUCUUUCUUUCUUUCUUUCUUUCUUUCUUUCUUUCUUUCUUUCUUUCUUUCUUUCUUUCUUUCUUUCUUUCUUUCUUUCUUUCUUUGUGUUCAUUAUGUAUCAUAAAGAGCAUGUUUUUGAUCUCUAGCUCUUUUUUGGGGGGUAUGAGACUGGUUCUCCGGUCUCUCAUUGUAUGGGUUCAUCUGGACUUGUAAAUAUAUGCAACAGCAAACCUACAAACCGACAUCGAAGAGCUGAUUGUUUCCCAAACUUUUCUGAUUAGCUUCAUGUUUCGGGAAUGGAUUUUGCAGUUGCAUUUAAAGCAAGCAAACUUUGUAAAAGACGCGCACUUUGGGGGGAAUGGUUUUGGUAUUGGCAGUUUUUAUUUCGAUUUUUGAUUGUUUCUUUGUUUUGGCAGAAACCGCCUUUGAGGAAGACAUGCCGCACACGCACAUUUAGUCAUAGAUGAAUCUAAAGCACGCCUUUCAGUUGGACUGGUGCUCAUAGUCUCACGUCUAGUUGUAGCAAGACACAAAUGUGUGUGUGUGUGUGUGUGUGUGUGUGUUUCUUCUUUUUUUUUUUCCUUCAUGCAGGCUGUUGCAUAUUCUAUUGCUAUUCUAUAACAUAAGCAAUAUAGGUCGUAUCUUUUUUGAUGGGUAGGAUUUCAACGAACGGGCACACUUUCAUCGACAUUUUUUGAGCUAUAUGAGCUGCCAGUUUUAUAAACCAACAUUUCAAACUGUAGUUAUUAUAAUCCAGCUCGAGGGUGUAGGCUUCCUAAAUCAGGGGUUUGUGUAUUAUUGCCUAACAUGAAAACUACGCAUGUGUUUCAACGGAGAGUUUCAAUGAUCAAAUGUUAAAUGUCUUCCUUUAUUUGUAUUUUUAUUUUUCUGCCGGUCAGUAAAAAAAUAAGGGAUUCAGGUUCUGCAUACUCUCAAAAUUAAAAAAAAGAAAUGAAUAAAUAUAUGUCUCAUGUAAUUGUUCUGUUUUUUUGUUUGUUUUAUUAUUAUGUCGAUAUUCUGGUUCUGCUGGCCAGAUGCAUAGUUUUUAUUUUAAUGAUUAAAUUAACAAACUGUCAGAUCAUAUUGAAUAAGCAUGGUGCUUGCAUCUAAGAAAUAUUGUUAAAAGUCAUGCAUUUAACAAUCUUUUUGGUUUAUUACUGAUUCAACUGUGUUGAAAUCUAAUGUAAACUGCAGCAGCGGGUUGUUGUUUUGUUUGUUAAUUUCAUGUAUUAUGAGGGGAUCAAUUUUCAAAUCUGUUUAUAUAAAUGGAAAAAAAGAAUAGAGUUCAAUUCGGACUGUUCCAUUCAGGCUGGUUUCUGUUUCGUUUUUGCUGUUUUUGGAAGAAAUGGUUUCCUAUUUUGCUUAUUAAAGUCAGUGAAAUGGCA